AUGGAAGUGGAAGGCAAUCGGACGUUGGUUACUGAUUUUAUUGUGGUUGGGUUUACAUCAGACCCAUUUCUACGCAUAAUCCUCUUUGUGCUGUUCUUGGUCUCCUACACCCUGACACUGAUGGGGAACCUGGGCCUCAUGGCACUGAUCUACCUAGACUCCCACUUGCACACACCCAUGUACUUUUUUGUGGGCAACCUUUCCUUUCUGGAUAUCUGGUACUCCUCAGUCUACACUCCUCGCAUCUUGUCUGACUGUGUGUCCAGGAACAAGCACAUGUCCCUUGCUGGUUGUGCAGCCCAGUUCUUCUUCUCUGCUGGCUUGGCCUACAGCGAAUGCUUCCUACUGGCCUUCAUGGCCUAUGACCGCUUUGUAGCCAUCUGCAACCCACUCCGUUACACCACUGCCAUGCCCAAGAAGCUCUGUGUCCAGCUGGUGGUAGGAGCUUAUGCAGCUGGCUUUGCCAAUGCCAUUGCACACACUGGUAAUAUCUUCCGCUUACGCUUCUGUGGGAACAGUGUCAUCAACCAUUACUUUUGUGAUGCACCACCGCUUGUAAAGAUGGCUUGCGAUGACACACGAGUGUAUGAACUCAUUCAGAAUGCUAUCAUUGGCUGCAAUGUGCUGGCAACCACAGCUGUGAUUCUGAGCUCCUACAUUGGUAUUGUGGGAGCCAUAGUCUGUAUCCAUUCAUCUGCAGGGAGACGCAAAGCCUUCUUCACUUGCUCAGCCCACCUGGUAUCAGUCACCCUCUUCUAUGGCUCCAUUCUCAUCAUGUACUCCAGGUCCAACUCUCAACACACCCCAAAUUGGGACAAGGCAAAUGCGUUGUUCUAUACAGUAGUCAACCCUCUGGUCAAUCCUUUCAUUUACAGCUUACGCAACAAAGAUGUAAAGGCAGCCUUCAAGAAAGUCUGGGGGAGAUUCCUAGCACACGAAUGA